AUGGCAGUGCGCAUGCGCCUACUGAGCGAUCGUGACUCCGAGACCACUAGCGUCGUCCUCGUGGUCACCACGCCCGCGCCCGUGGUAAGGCCGAUUCCCGCAACGUCGAGGCACCCUAUCACGGAGGAAUCUACAAUGGUGCCAACUUUCUCAAUGCUGGGCUCCGAGGAAUGCCCCGGCGUGGUCUCCCUCAUGGCCAGCGAGUUGUACCAGCGCGUGGACAAGCUGCGGUCAGAGGGCCGGACAUGCGACGUAGCAGUCUCCUAUCUAGAAGUCUACAACAAGGUUGUUCGAGACCUGCUGUGCUUCGAUCCGACCAAGGGCAUUGCCAUAUUGUACCUCACCAUACACAAGGUGAAGAAGGCCGGCACCCUCCUCGAGCCGCUCUUGAAAGGAAACAACCGGACUCAGCAUGCCACCGACGCUAAUGCUGAGUCUUCAUGGUCGCACGUCAUCUUCGAGAGCUACGUCACACUGACGGAGAAUGCGACAAUCACGAGCAAGGAAACUCGCGUCUCGAUGUGCUUUGUUGACCUUGCCGGCUCGGAGCGCGAAGCUGCGGCCAGUAGGGGCACAAAGGAUCAGAUGCGCGAGGUCACCAAGUUCAAUCUGUCCCUCCUGGCCCUCGGCAACUGCAUCGACGUCCGCUCGAAGAACGGGACGCAGCAAGUGCCGUACCAGGACUCCAAGCUCACCCACAUCCUCAAGGACUUCCUGGGUGGCUCGGGCAGCGCCCUCAUGAUUGGGACAGCGACGGCGGUGAAGCUCAGCUACGCGGAAACAUGCAGUACCCUGGACGCGCCCAUCGAGAAGUACAAGCACAAGGUGGAAGGCCUUCAGCGUAAGCUCGAUAAUGUGGAAUUGUGGAAGGCUGUAGUGGAGGCUGAUGUGCAAGAGCUGAAAGACGGUCUGGUAGCCUAG